UGUCUACUGCGAUCGUCGUUUGAAUAUAAACGUACUUAUCAUAGGUACUGCUUGUUUUUAUGUUUUGAACUUAAAAAAUUGUGUAAAGAAAGAGUGAAAAUUACUACAAUGAAUCCAAUAAACGACAUAACUGAUGAUGAGUUUGUGCCGUUUCUUCAAAGUUUAGGUGUGGAGACCUACAAAAAAUCUUUUGAGUGGAUGCUACAUGAUCCUGCGUUUGCCGAAGUGUUACGAUGGUUGUCCACCAAUUUGGAUCAAAAUAAUGCUCUCAAUGCUCGUGAAGAAUACAGAUACAUUGAAAUUGAAAAAAGUGGCAAAUUACUACCAACUUCUGAGCUGGAAAAUUGUGUUUCAUCAAUUCUGGACGAGUAUCCCGGUGUUUGUCUACCAGGAGAUCAGGAAGGCUUGGAAGAUGUCAAGUUAGACAUCAGCAUACAAAAAGAUAGACUUGAUUUGUUGAAGAAGCAUCACCAAGUUGUUGAGGAUCUUGUGAAGCAAAAUGAACAAACUAGAGAACAGUUAAAUCUAGAAGUGACUAAACUCCAUGCAGCUGUGCAGCAAAGCACUGAAGAUGUGUCAUCGGCGGCGGACGAGUGUCUACGAUUCGCUGGGGAUGUUGAGUCUAUUACUGAUGGAGUUAUAGAAGUCAUUGCUGAUACUUUAGACGUCUAUGCUAAUUGCCAUGCUGACAAGGAUCUGUCAAAGAAGUUCUUCACUUUUGGUCCAUUCGAAGCAUACAGGCAGUCACAGGCUCUGUUCAGAUCACAUUUUGACCUCUACACUUCCAAGAGGUUCAAUAGGAAGCAGAAAAACAAUGUUACAGACGAAGACUUGAGAUCGGCUUUGAUUGAAGCCAAGAGUUUGGAAGGAAGAUUGUCCGAAGCAGCUCUCACCUUUGUUGAAUCUGAGGCUGAGUUAAGUGGUGAACAAGCGAAAUUGGCCCUUGUGACUAAUUACAAUAACGUCCAUCCUAGUCAAAUUGCAGCCUGUACACUGGAAGCCCAAAGCGCCCUAGAGUUAUUAGAACAAGAGGAGACAAUCAUAGACAAGCAGAUACAAGAUGCUGUGAGGUCGUUAGCGGAAGCGCGGACAACACUAGCCGUCGAUACCACAGUCCGGGCAGCUUUGGCUAUAAGGGAACAAAUCCACGCCGACCUCUCCCAUCUGUUGGACAUGACACAGCAAGCGUUAACACUGGACAGAAUAUUGUACUACGCAUUGAGACACGAAUUGAGAACUCUGGAACAAGUGGUGCAGUUCUCCUGUCAGCUGAGGCACCAUGUCAUGGAUGAGGCUGCAGCGGUCCACACUAGGAUUGAUUCAAUGAACAACAUUUGCGAGGAGCAAGAGGCUUGCCAACUCAAGUUGCAGACCUCGGAUCCUCUGACAGAGACACUAAGCAGUAUAUUAGGUGUGUCAACAAACGAUGCCAUUACUUUGGUCAAAGUGUAUGCGGAACUUGCAGCAAACGUCAGAGAGCUGACCGACAGUGUCAGCGAGGCGUUUGUGAAGAAGGAAGAAGCGGUGAUAGAACUCGGCAAAUCGUCGAAACCGCUCCGAGAGUACGUCUGGGACGGUUGCACCAAACAGCCGAACUGCCGCGACACAAGCGCGGCAGCACUGUCGCACUCCCUGCGACAGGAGAUGGAGAAUGUCGAUAACAAAGUGCUUGAAGCUAGCAGCUUGUUCACUUCGAUCAAGAAUGGCGACAAGAAAUGCAUGAGAAAAUUGUGGCAGUGGUUCCUGACGGACCCGAACAAACUGGUUUCUGCCAUGAAGGGUGUUAGUAGAGGUUAUUGUUGAUUAUAUCCUUUGCAAGAUAAGUAUUGCAAGGAUUUGUCUGCGUUCCCACCAGAGGUGUGCACGCAGCCUAAAAAAUGUAUGUAUAAAGCCAUGAAUACGCGAGAAACUAGUAUAUAACUUCGUGUGAGGCCGGCAACUGUGAUUUGGUGUUCCAUUUGUUCCUAGGUAGCAGUGACCACUUACCAUCACGACACGCGCUUGCGAGUUUGCCACAAUAAACCCAUAAAAAAUUCCUUAAGAACGCGUCACUCAGUGAUAUGAUAGAAUGAUAUUCGGUUAAUUGGCUUGAUAGGCCGCGGUCGUCAGAUUUAGAUAUUUAAUAGUAAUAAUAAUAUACUUUAGUUUGAUAUUUUUUGUAAGUUUGUGUUUUUUCAUGAAUAAAUUUGUCAAAAAUGAUAAUAAUAAAAGUCAAAUUGGCUUAAAUAAUAUUUUCCUUCAAAAUGUCAUUAACUAGCUGUCCUUCCCGGUUUUGCUUGGGUAAACCAUAAUAAACAAUACUCUUAAACCUUCUUCGGACUCACAUUAUAUUCUAUUAAAGAAAACCUCAUCAAAAUCUGUUGAGUUAGUUUAAAAGAUCUAAGCAUACAUAGAGACAGACAGACAGCGGGAAGUGACUUUAUUUUUUUUUAUAUAGUGAUUAUUGAAAUUUAAUUAAGUGGAUUUUAACAUUUGUAUUUAUGAAGUAUUUUUUUUAAAUAAAUAAAACGAGUGUUAUGAAAA